ACUCAGGCUUUGGGCGGAAGUGGUCAAUGUCCACGACUGUUGUUGUGCUAACAUUUUACAGGUUACAUCCAUGAAGACUGGGUCAGACUGUAUGCAAACUUAUAAAAUAUACUUUAAAUGCAGUCGCACAGACAGCGGCGAGUGCUGCUGGCCCUUUAAGACUCCCACCGUCGCCUUGGUUACACUCAGGAAGCGACAGUUUCUUUAGCAUGUAAACAUCUGCGACUUAAAGCAUUUCAGUCUUACUUUUCUUUUCGCCGUCGACUUUCACAAACUGUGUCUCCUCUCUGACAAGAAAGAAGAUGAGUGGGAGCACUGAUGACAUCAAGCCUGUGAACUGCACCAUCAAACCUCCGGUCUACCUGCAGAUCGGACACGUCAAAACAGACGCGGCUCACUCUGGUGUUUGUGUUGUAGAUGUCACCCUCCCCUUUGGAAACCCCGUCAAUAUUAAGGAAAUCACCUUUAAGAACUACUACACAGCUUAUGUGACUGUGCGUUUGUUGAGGAGGAGCCUCGGGCAGGAGGCCCCCGCUAAGUGGUGCACUGCUCUGAGGAACCUGCCUCUGAUGGACAACCCCCACACUGAGGGAGGCUCCCAGGACUACUGCUCCAUUCACAGGACACAGAUGCAGGUGGAGCCGGAUCACGUGGUGUCUGUGAGACUGAUCCUGAGACAGCCGUCCUCUGCCUGGCUAACCUUCAGCCUUGAAGAGAUCAAAAUAUACCCUCAUAUGGAGCCGGACCCAGAGAAGGAGGUUUCUGAUUGGCUGUCUGACCUGACCCUGGUUGACCAACACCCUGACCUGGAGGGCCUCCCAGACCCCCAGACUGUAUCAUCCAGUAUCCAGCAGAUGUGGGCUCUGACUGAGGUGAUGCAGACCAACCAGACCACCGCCUCCAUCGGACGAUUUGAUGUGGACGGAUGCUAUGAUAUCAACUUGCUCUCCCUGACAUAACACGGCCGCUGCGUUCUUAACGGACGUGGAGCUCGUCCUCGAGGACCGCAGUUCAGUAUAUAAGGUGGUGGUGACGAAGUCUCGCAGAGAAGAACAAAGAAAAAGUAUUACGUAUGUGUUGCCUUUUUUAUUAAAAUUUAUUUCAACUUUAAUGAGAUAACUAUCAUGAUUUAAUUUAUCGUGGCAAACGAGCUCGUACCAGGACACGUGGUGUUCGUAAUGAGGGAAACGCAUGUCAGUAAAAGUACAGCAUUAACUGCACUUACGUUUUUACCGAUGCAGUUAUUUAUUGAGCUGAAAACUAUACUUGCUCAGCGAUACUGCUCAAAUCCUGCAUCCUGUGUGGCAUUGUAACACUGUCAAUAUUCUUAUUGUCUAGCAUCAAUAUUUAGCAUUUUACCGUAAGCUACUGAAACCAUUUCUCCUGUAAUUGGUUGACUAGUACUGAGGUCCAGGCUGCAGAAGGUUUUACAGAGUCCCGUUCAUUGUGAUAAUAUACAGUAAACCAUCAGCCUGUGGCUCAGACUUUAUACUAACACAGGUAACAAGGGAAGGAACAUAUAACAUAUUGUCCGCUGUGGAACACUUGGUGGCAGCAGUGGAUUAUUUAAGAGGUGUGUGUGUGUGUGUGUGUAUAUAUGCGCUGUUAACUUCUUUGCAUCUUUGUGAGGACCAAUUUAGGUUAAAGACCUUGAGUCAGUCCUCACGUCUUCGAGCGGCUGUUGAGGUCAAAUUUGAGAUUUCUGUGUUGAGGUCUGGUGGAGGUUAAGACUGGCUUCAUGUAAGCCAUGUAGUUGUGAUGGUUAAGAUCAGGGGUUAGGAGCUUUAAAACAGCAUUACGUCAGUGAGGGUCCUCACAAGUACUGAAGUACAAAUAUGUGAGAGUUGGACAGAAGUAGGUAGAAGUGUACUCUGUGAAAGCAUUAAACCUUUAUGUUAUUUGCAGAUCUUGUUGUCACAUGUCAAUAAAAACUACUAUUGUCA